CCCCCCCCGUCACUCUCCUGGGGCAGCCUUGUGAGAAAUCUCCGUGGACUAGUGGACCAGAGCCUGGGAGCUUUUAAAAGUUGGGCCACGAGAGGCAGGAAGGUAUUAUGGCUUCCUCGUCUGGCAACGAUGAUGAUCUCACUAUCCCCAGAGCUGCUAUCAAUAAAAUGAUUAAAGAGACUCUCCCCAAUGUCCGAGUGGCCAAUGAUGCCCGAGAGCUGGUGGUGAACUGCUGCACUGAAUUCAUUCACCUUAUAUCUUCCGAAGCCAAUGAGAUUUGCAACAAGUCGGAAAAGAAGACCAUUUCACCAGAGCAUGUCAUACAAGCACUAGAAAGUUUGGGCUUUGGUUCUUACAUCACUGAAGUAAAAGAAGUCUUACAGGAAUGCAAGACAGUAGCAUUAAAAAGAAGAAAGGCCAGUUCUCGUUUGGAAAACCUUGGCAUUCCUGAAGAAGAAUUACUGAGACAGCAGCAAGAAUUAUUUGCAAAAGCUAGACAGCAACAAGCAGAAUUGGCCCAACAGGAAUGGCUUCAAGUGCAGCAAGCUGCCCAACAAGCCCAGCUUGCUGCUGCCUCAGCCAGUGCAUCCAAUCAGGCAGGAUCUUCUCAGGAUGAAGAUGAUGAUGAUGAUAUCUGAAAUUCACCAGCUGGGUUUCUAUUUCCUCUAUAGAUGUUUUUCUCUGUACAACAAACAGUGAAAGAAAUGCUUAUCUGCAAUUUUGUAUGUAUCUUGGUGGACUUGCCAUUGGUAUUCUAGGAAUGUCUGCUGUUAAAUUUCAUCUAUUGUGUGCUAUACAUGUAAAAUCUGUCUCUUUGAACUGUUGAAAACUUAAGGUUCAGUAUAAUAUCAGUUUUGAAUUUGUAAUGGUGUUUAUGAAAUUUUAGAUAGCAGUGAGUCCUUUAUUUGAUCAAUAAACAGUGUUACAGAAAACUUCAAGUUUAUAAAAAUACAGUAAAAUUUAUACAGAAGCUCUAAAUCCGUAUUUGCAUUUCCUCUUUAGUUUUUUUUUUUAAACUAAACUAAAAAUUGAGAAUUUAAAUUAUUUGGGGAGGGUGCUAGGUGAAUCAGUAGACUUUGGAUCAAGUUGGAGAAAAGAGUUUAGUCAUAAAAUAUUUGACCCUUGUCUAUAUACAGGCAAUAUAUAGGCUCAGAUAAUGCACUUGUUUAGAAAAUCUCAGAACAAGACAUUAAAAAACUAGGAAGGAGUAUGUUCAAUACUAGUUACGUAAAUCUGGUGGGCUAUGUUUUUUUUGUUUUGUAUAGAGGUAAAAACUAAAGUUUUAUGGCAUAAUUCAUUUUGAGCUACACUAUGGGCAUUUCAGAGACUGCCCAGUUUUGAGGACUGUCAUGAUUCUUACUGUUUCACUCCAGUUCAGUAAUUGUUAAUAGUAUUACUUGCUUAGUCCAUCCAUGCUUAUAUAGGUGGGACUUUUAAAACAAUUGCUUGGGUUCCGUUGGUUUGACUGAAAUUCAUGAAUUAAACUGAAGUUCAUGAAGUUACAUCUUUACUGGGGAAAAGAAAUGAAAGUUAAUGAGCAUGCUUGCUAUGAGAGAGGGUUUUUUUUUUUUUAAUUUAACUUGUGGUAAUUGUUUGUUUAUCACAUUGCUUUUACAUUUUCUUGACUAGAUGGCCUUUUGAAAUGGCAGCAUUGUCUCCUUCAUCAUAAUUGAGUGAUAGCUUUAAAAAAGAUUGGUUUUGUUUAAGAAAGUGUCAUAACUGAUCAGCCCUGUAUGAAACAUAAAUAGUUUGAAACUGCUUGUUAAAAGAGAGAAGCUUUAAUUUGGUUCCAGUAAAUAAAGUAUAGUAGUGAUUAUAGGAUUCCAGCGUGUUGAAGAAAUGGCAUAGUAUUUAUAUUUUGGAAACAGAAAGGAAAAGUCAUUUAAGAUAGUAUGAAGUAAAUACAUUCUUAAUGUCAAUUGCCAAAUAAUUUAAAUUUCUAUAUUCACCAGGCCCCAAAAUAGAUUGUGGUUGCCAGGAUUCCAGUUUUAAUUGGAGAGCUAAUUAAGUAAAGUUUUCUAAGUAUUAUAUUUCUUAGAGUCAUAUUUUGCAGUUUUAGAAAAAGGGAAAUAUAUGUUUAUUAUUUCCAUGUAACAGAAAGGUUAAUUUUGCUGAAUGUUUUAAGUUGAAGUUACUUCAUGGAUGUCAUAUCCAUGAAGUGCAUGUAGACAAGAUAGAAAGAAUUGUUUCUUAAGAAAUUUAAGUACCAAAGGUAGUCUAGUCUAGAAAAAUAAUAAGUUAAUAAGUGUUGGCUUUUCUAAUUUGUACUGUAACAUCCUUAUACUUUCAAUUUUAAGUAUAUCUGUUUCUUAAGUAAACUUAGAUAUUUUUCCACACCUUUUUCUUUUGAUGCAGUGUUCAGGUUAAUUAAUAUUUUACUGCAUCUGAUAAUGUAUUAUAUGUUUGAAGCCUAGUGACUUUUCAUUUUGACAUUCUUGUGAUUUCAUAUGCUGUAUUCUUCAAGCAAUAAAAUUCUGAUGUGUUUUAUA